GUGACAUAGAAUGCAGUACCGAGCGAUUGGUCGGUAGCCGUUCUCCAUUACCCCAUUUUUGUCGUUUGGUAUUCGAAGUAGAAGACGCAACUAAGAUCGGCGAGAAAAUUUCGUUAACGUUAAAUAAUCGUCAUGACACAGUUUUUGCCACCGAAUCUCUUAGCGCUAUUCGCUCCACGCGAUCCGAUACCGUUUCUUCCACCUCCGGACAAACUUCCUCACGAAAAAAAGACUAAUGGAUACAAUGGAGUCGGACAAUAUCUCAACAUGUUCGAGGAUCCUAAAGAUACUCCACCUCCAACUAGAGUAGAGACUAGAGAAGAAAGACAAGAAAGAAAGAGGCGAGAGAAAGCUGAACAAGUUGCAUACAAGCUAGAACAAGAUAUUGCCUUGUGGGAUCCCCAUAACAAUACAUCUGGAACAUCUGAUCCAUAUAAGACACUAUUUGUUGCAAGAAUUAAUUAUGAUACAUCAGAAUCAAAAUUACGAAGAGAAUUUGAAGUUUUUGGACCCAUAAAAAAAAUUGGAAUUGUACACAAUAAAAAUACAGGAAAACCAAGAGGGUAUGCCUUUAUAGAAUACGAACACGAGCGAGAUAUGCAUUCUGCAUACAAGCAUGCCGAUGGAAAGAAGAUAGACGGUCGUAGAGUUUUGGUCGACGUGGAAAGAGGACGAACGGUGAAGGGAUGGCUCCCGAGACGAUUAGGUGGUGGACUGGGAGGCACUAGAAGAGGUGGACCAGAAGUAAAUGUCAAGCAUUCUGGUAGAGAAGAGACAAGAUUAGAAGAUAGAUAUAUUUCUUUACAUAGUGAACGUAAUGAUCGUGUGAGAAUUGAUAGGGAAAGGGAAAGACGACGGAGUAGAAGUAGAAGCAGAGAAAGACGAAGACGUAGCCGAAGCAGGAGCCGAGAACGUCAUCGUGAGGGACGUCACCGAAGAGAGAAAUCCAGGGAUCGAGGUCGAGAUCGCGAUCGCUUGGAGGUGGAAAAGCUGGACGGAUUGGACGGUGGCGUGGAACUGAUGGUUCCCGAGUUGGAGAAGAAGGAAAGAGAGAGGAAGAGAAGUCGCAGCCGCGAAAGAAAACGUCGAAGGAGUCGUAGCCGCAGCAGAGAUCGUUCGAAGAGGAGAGAGCGAGACCGCGAAGGAGGAAGGAAGGACAGAGAUCGGGACAAAGACGAGAGAGUUAGAGACGAUUCGCAGAUGAAGCAAGAAGUCAGCCAAGACGGAUAUUCCAGCAGCAGCAUGGGAUACGAAGGGGCCGAAUUCAAUUAUCCGGCCGAUCCGAACUCUUUUAAAAUCAAUAAUUAUACGACCGACGGAACUUACAGCGCCUACAAUACCGAAGGAUAUCACACUUAGGGUAAUUUUUCAGUGUAAAGUAACUUUAUAUCCAAUGACUGUCGCCGUUCUUCGGUCGAUCCAUUACGAAUUCGAUACAAUAAAACAAUUAAUUUUAGAUAAAUUGGACGAGAAAAGCGUUCGAUAAAUAACAUUUAUUUCUUAUUUAAAAUCGGCUCGAACUUGUCAGAAAACGAGAAACCAGAUCGCUUAGUUCCGCUUAUUGUUAAUCGUUAGUUUUAAAAAUAAAAAAUUCAAUGUUAAAUAGGUAAGUAUAGAUGAUAAACGAGCGUAUCGAUCGACCUUCAUGAUGUGAUGUAAAUUUUGACUAUUGUUGUAAUUCUAAAUCUUAAUUAAUUCAGGUAAGUAAGAAUGUGACCGACGACACUCCCGCAUUAUUGUUAACACGCCGUUUUGUUCCAUGCAAAAGUUUGGCCUCAUUAAAGUAAGAUGGAUUUACACGUUGACUGCUUUUUAUCCAUUUCCCUUUUAGUUUUGUGUGUUUAUCUCGCAAGAUAUUAACGGAAUAUAAACCUUCGAUCUUUUAAAACCUGUCCGGAAGUUGGGAAAGUCGGUUUGUGUGUACGAAAUUUUGCAAAAAUGAGUUUAUUCCCUGCAUGUGCAUAAGUACAGUAAGUAAACUUGUCUAAUGGUGAAUGUAUUCUCACUUGAAAUGUUUAUAGAUACAACAGUAACCAGUCGUAUUAUCUGGAACGUCACGCUAGAAGUCGAGCAUUUAUAAUGCAUAACCGAGUUUACUUUCAAUGCUUUAAUUAUUCUUGUUUUAUUGGGUAUUAAUUAAAUCGAUACGCUAAUGUGUAAUUUAAGGGUAUGGGGCGUAAAAACGGUCGCUUUACACGGGCCAAUUUCCGUUUUGUUUUCGGAUUUUCCCUCGAGUGACUGAAUUUUUCAAUUGUAAAUGUGCAGUAAUUCUUGAAAGCAUCUACUUGUGUACCAACGAUGCAAUUGAUCUAAUGCAAAUUCGUUACGAAAUAUUCAUAUAUUUUUAUUCUGUUCAUUUAAUUGUCAUCAUUUAUACCUUUCGGAUUUUCGUCUUUAAUAGUUUCAAAUAUCGGCAAUAAAAAGUAUUUAAAGUAA